AUGACUGAAAUAACAGUAGCCAAUUAUUUGGCAUAUCGAAAAUUUAAUCGAAGACUUCUACCAUUCAUAGGAUGGUCAAAGCAAAAUACUAACAAAAUAAAUCGUUGUAUUCCACAUAUACAAUUAUAUUUGAGUCUCAGUAUGGCAUUUUUCUUACUUCGAUAUGUCAAGGUUCACUGUGAUAGCAUUGCAACUGUUACCAGAAGUUUGAGUGUUAUGACGGGUUUCUUUACAAUUUCGAUGAAGAUGGUAUGCUUGAUAGUACAUCAAAAAGAAGUAUCAGAACUCCAAGAAGUAUUAGAUGAAUACUUUGUUAAUUUGCUAAAACGAAAAGAAUUUUCAUCUCUAAUCUUAAAAAAACUCAAUAUUUAUCGAUUUUUGACUUGGAAUUUGAUUAUAUUUCUUCUUAUGUCUACAUGCAUUUUAUUAAUUAUUCCAGCAUAUACAAUUAUUUAUAAUGGUAUUCAUCAUGUUGACCCUUCACGCUUAAUACUUGUUUACCCAACAUCUUAUCCUUGGACCGUUCCUUUAUCUGGUUUAAUUUUUCAUCUGCAUUUUGUUUAUGAAUGUUUAGCAACUGUUGCAAUAUUUACUAUAACUGUGAGUGUUGACUCAUUAUUUUUAUUUUAUGUAUUUUUAAUAAUUGGACAACUUCGAGAAAUUUCUUAUUAUAUUACACAUGUUGAUGAGAAAAAUAACCCUGAAAUUAUAAUCCAAAAGUGUGUUAUCCAAUAUUCAAUAUUAAUCAAAUGUCGAGACAAUAUGGAGAAAAUUUAUGGUCCCAUAGUUCUUAGUAUAAUGGUCACUAAUGCCAUUGUUUUGUGUACAUUAAUCCAUCAGAUGACUAAGAUGAAGAUAGUGACAAUCGUUAAAGCAAUGCAUUUCUUUGCUUAUAUCACAAUGAAAGUAACUCAAACCUUUAUGUAUUCAUGGUGUGGAACUCAGUUAAAAGAAGAGAGCGAAAAUUUUAGAGAAGCCAUUUAUGCUGCUAAUUGGUAUGGAAAUAAGCGUUUCAUGACUUCUAUCAUAAUUAUGCUGCAGCAAAGACCACUAGUAUUGACAGCAUGUAGUAUAUCAGUACUUACUGUUGAUAUUUUUGUCAAGAUACUGAACACAACAAUAUCAUAUUAUUUCCUCAUAAAAACCUUAGAAUCAUAA